AGCAGAGUCUCCAGACUGUCAGACUCCCCUUGUCGCCCCAUCACUUUGUAGCGUGGAGGUGAGGCGUCACCAUGCGCCUCACCAGAUCUGCGGCAUGACCAGAUAGCAUGGCCUGGAGGUGAAGACCAUGGCUACGGGAGGUGGCCGGGCCUUUGCCUGGCAGGUAUUCCCACCCAUGCCCACAUGCCGUGUGUAUGGCACCGUGGCAUAUGAGGAUGGGCACCUGCUAGUGUUGGGGGGCUGUGGCCGCACUGGAUUGCCCCCUGGACACUGCUGAAAACACUGGACAUGGGCUUCUCAUACAUGGCUGGCACUAGCCCCUCUGCCCACUGCCCGAGCGGGUGCAGCUGCUGUGGUCCUGGGCAAGCAGGUGUUAGUGGUGGGUGGUGUGGAAUGAGGGCCCAGAGCCCUGUGGCUGCUUGUGGAGGCCUUCCUGACCGACGAGGGCCGCUGGGCGCGUGCCACCCUCCCUCAGGCAGCUAUGGGGGUCGCAACUGUGGAGAGAGAUGGCAUGGUGUAUGCUCUGGGGGGAAUGGGCCCUGACACGGCCCCCCAGGCCCAGGUUCGGGUCUAUGCUCGUCGGGACUGUUGGCCUCUCGCUGCCUUCCAUGCCCUCCACACCCCCUGCUACGGGGGCCUCUACUUCCUACAUGGGAACAAGAUCUAUGUCCUAGGGGGCCGCCAAGGCAAACUCCCAGUGACUGCUUUUGAGGCCUUUGAUCUGGAGGCCCGGACCUGGACCAGACACCCAAGCUUGACCAGCCGCAGGGCCUUUGCUGGCUGUGCCAUGGCCGAAGGCAGCGUCUUUAGCCUGGGAGGCCUGCAGCAGCCCGGGCCCCCACAAUUUCUAUCCCGUCCACACUUUGUCAACACUGUGGAGAUGUUCGACUUGGAGCAUGGGUCCUGGACCAGACUGCCCCGUAGCCUGCGCAUGAGGGAUAAGAGAGCUGACUUUGUGGUUGGUUCUCUGGGAGGCCACAUUGUGGCCAUUGGGGGCCUUGGAAAUCAACCGUGCCCUCUGGGCUCUGUGGAGGCUUCAGCUGGCUCGACGAGGCGCUGGGGAGUCAUUGCCUGCCAUUCCCCCACUGCUCGUUGCUCCUGCUCUAGUCUGCAGGCUGGGCCCCGACUGUUUGUCAUUGGGGGUGUGGCCCAGGGUCCCAGUCAAGCUGUGGAAGCACUGUGUCUUCGUGAUGGGGUCUGAAUGUCUGUCUAUUUGGGGCAGUUUGGUACCACACGGCAGAUCCUGUGACCGCUUCUGCUGCUAAGGAAGGUCACUGUCGGCUCUGUGGGAUCAGAGUGGGGGAAGGCACAGGAGUAAGCACUGAAGACACAG